UUACGUUCGUUAUCUUAGCUUUGCUUGCCACCAAUGUUCUAACAAGUGCUGUCUCUGUGUAUGUGGUCAAGUGUUCAUUGAGCGGAAACCGCACUUGCGGACCCCUCCCUUAGAUUUCCCUCUUCAUGCGCUCCCGCGGGGAAGAUGCGCCUUUACUUGCCUAUUAAAGCCCCCUAGGGUCAGUUCAAAACACACUGGUUCAUCUUCAGCACAGAGAGCAUCGGCUUUCUGUACCUCUCUAGAGCUCUGUAAGACCCUGCCUUCAGCGGCCUCCCCGAGGUGUCUUUCCUCGUGUAACCGUGAAUACGUAAUGGUGGCAUUUAAGGGGAUUUGGACGCAGGAGUUCUGGAGGGCGGUCUCCGGGGAGUUCCUGGCGACCCUGAUCUUCGUCCUGCUGAGCCUGGGCUCGACGAUAAACUGGGCGGCGGGCGAGGAGAAGCCGCCCCCUGCCGACCUGGUGCUGAUCUCGCUCUGCUUCGGCCUGAGCAUCGCCACCAUGGUGCAGUGCUUCGGCCACAUCAGCGGCGGCCACAUCAACCCCGCUGUGACUGCGGCUAUGGUCUGCACCCGCAAGCUCAGCCUGGCCAAAGCCGUCUUCUACCUGGCCGCCCAGUGCAUCGGAGCCAUCGUCGGAGCUGGAAUCCUCUACAUGGUUACACCCAGUUCUGUGAGAGGUGGCCUGGGGGUUACCUCGAUCAACUCCAACAUCUCCGUCGGCCACAGCCUCGUGGUGGAGCUGUUCAUCACCUUCGAGCUGGUCUUCACCGUAUUCGCGACCUGUGACCCCAAACGCAGUGAUCUCAAGGGUUCAGCUGCCCUGGCCAUCGGCUUUGCCGUCUCCAUCGGCCACUUGUUCGCUAUCCCCUAUACUGGAGCCAGCAUGAACCCAGCUCGCUCUUUCGGACCUGCGGUGGUGACCUGGAACUGGACAAACCACUGGGUGUAUUGGGUGGGUCCCAUCAUGGGUGGGGUCAUUGCUGGUGCCCUGUACGAGUACCUCUACUGCCCCGACCCAGAUCUGAAGAAGCGAUUUGCGGGAGUCUUCGCCAAGGACUCGUACCCCUCAGCCAAGUACAAGGAAGUGGAGGACAACAGGUUUCAGAGGGACGUGGAUGAGCUGGUCAUCAAGCCGGGCCCCUUCCAUGUGCUGGACGUGGAGAGGGCUGAGAAGAAGGACAGGGACCCGUCCAGCGAGGUGCUGUCCUCGGUAUGACUAGCAAGAACCACUGGGAAAGGAGACCAUCCCGUAACAAUCUACCGCUGCUCCGUGUCUGCCCUCAAAGAGACAGACCUCCUGUAGAAGACAAAGCCUUUUCCGCUUUCCCUCCAAAAAGCCAAGAUGACCCUGCCUGGCGAAAGACGAAAGAGCCCCAUGAUUUCAGUUUUGCCACACACAAGCCACUCCAGUAAAAAUCAUAAUCUGUGUAUUAUCUUUUAGCUACGGUAGCCCUUAUCCAGGGCAGCUUGCAUGGCUAACAUGUUUACUUGUUAUCCGUAUGUAUAGCUAUACAUUUACAGAAGCAAUUCAGGAGAACUACUUUUCCCCAGAGCACCCUACCUGAGAAUCGUCCCUUUUGAUUAAUUGCCCAGUUCUUUAACUGCUGAACCACACUGUCAGCUAUAGUAGUUUCAAUUAUUUUGCAGGGAAGUUGCAGCCACUUUGGGGGUCAGCUAUUGUCCAUCAGUGAGGCACAGAGUGGUACCAUAAGCGUUGACAUGAUGUCAUGUACAGAGGACAUGCUGUUAAAAUCAGGGUGGUAAUAUUGUGAGGUCACUCACAGAUUUCACAUCUGGACAAUAUGGUAGGAACACACACUGCUUCUUUGGGUCUCUCCUUUCUCAGUGCACUUUUCUCCACUAAUUCUUAGAGUGCCCAUUUUAGCAUGCAAUAAUAUCGAUAACCCCUGUUAAUUAACCAACUUCAAUUUUGCAGUAGAGGUAAAGAUAUAGUUUCUUAUAGUCUAUGUUAUUUUUUAAGUUAUUGAUGCUGAACUGUAAACAUUGAUUGUAUUUUUAUACCGUGUAUUUUCUCAUACUUGGAAGGAGUUCGAUACCGAUUUCUGGUUUAGUUAGGUCUAUCAGCCUCACGUUUGCUGGACUGGAGCGUGGAGGCUUGUAAACCCAGAUUUUAGCCACACCAAUGAGAUGUUAAAUGGUAAUUCCACACCAUUAAUAACGACCCAUAUUUGUUCAUGUUUCCCUCAGUCUAGAGUGUCUGUAGCUUUGUGACAGCACAACUUAUCAGACGACUGUCAGAAACCCUGAGCUAAGACAAACUGAUCACAAGGAAUGUUGGCCCUAAACUCUGUAACAACCACAUAAGAAAGAGCUUCAAUCUAUUUUUGUUAAAAAUGUAAAAUAGUUAUAAUUUUAAAUAUUAUGAAGAUUUAUCUCUAUAUUUCAUGAUGUGUAGUGUUCACAAAGUGUAGUGUUUACCAUAUGUCUUAACUUUCAUUUUAUUCUUUUCCAAAGAUUUAUUUAAACAGAAUUACUUGUAAAAACAGAUCCACAGGUAAAACAAAAAAGAGAAAUUUGCAGUCUGUACAGCGUAUGUAUGCUGACGUGACACUCAUGCUUUAAAAACAAUUACAAUGACAGUAAUCACAUUACAGCACCAAAUUGCCUGCCACUUUAGCUCCAAAUCACUAGGUAACCCUUAUUUUAAAAAAGCACAUAGUCUUAAAAAAUACUCACAUUUUCUCAUGAAUAAAAAUGGCUUUGACAAACAGGCCCAAACCUUUUGAAAGUCACAUUGGCAUUUCCUGUGUUUGGCAUUUAUUGGCAUCUUUGGUUUGGUGUCAUGUUUUGUCUUCUUGAUUCCAUGUAUAGUUCAGUUGGAUAGUCUGAAACACCAGGUUAUGGGUGAGACAGGCAGCGCAUCACAUCACCCAAUAUAGUUUGAUGUUUGACUGAACUCCUCACAUAAUUUCAUAAGUCCCCCCCCCAAAAAAAAGAAUAAGCUAUUACAUUGCUUCUGGAAAAGAGGAAAACCCUAAAAGACUUUCAGCUGCACUGGCUACUGUUCAGCGGUCACAAGGGGGUUUUUUGACGUUUGUCUUAAAAUUCCAUUAUCACAUCUCUUCUUGAGUACAAGGUAAUAGACUUUUUUAUGUCUCGUUGAUCUUGUAAUGUAAACUCUCAUCGGCUGGACAAACAGUUCAUGAAUAAUAAUGGGUGAUUUGAUGCCUGCUAAAUAGAUCUUAUAUUCGAGGCACAACACAUUUGUCCAUUUUUGAAAUUAGGAUAAUAGUAUUGUGCGAUUGAUUGUAACCACAAAGGAUAGAGGUGUUUAUUGGCUAUUUGUUAGCUGUUUUCAUUGUGUAGUGAAGAUAUUUCCUGCAUGAUAUUCAUUAAAAUGUCUAAGCUGGAUGGAAUUCUGAGGCCUUUGCUUACACACUGAAGUGGAAAGUACAAACUUCAAAUGCAUAGUCAUAUGACUCUAUAAGCACUCAAGUGCAAAAUGAUGACAUACUGUAUAUAAAGACAUUUGCGUUAAUGUUUAUGAACUAUUUUGACAGUUCCCAUAGUGGUUGUUUGUGUUAAUUAUUUAUUACAUUUCGUGUUGGGGAAUUAUCCAGGGGAAUGGUCCUUUUUGAGGUAACCUUGUUGGAACCAUAGUUUAGCACACUGUAAUUAGUUCAGUUUUUUUCCCCUGCAAAACCUUGUAAUUCCUCCUCAGAAAUAUUGCAGUGUGUUGAGUUC